GUUGUAGACAGUGGUUACAGGAUGGAUCAGUGAGGAGGAGGAGGAGGAGGAGGAGGCAGCAGUGUCACAUCUGGAUGAUCUACGUGGCUGAUGGAGGAUGGAAUAAGCGGGACGUGCAGACUCCACUCUCUGGCCGGCGGACAGUCGCUCCUCCCGGGCAGCAGGCUUCAUGAGCGGCUCCCCCUCCACGUAGGUCCGCAGCAGGAUGAUGACCUGUCAGGUGCUGCGUGCUGCGUCUCGCUCCACAGCGGCAGCAGCGGCACAGCCUGGUUAUGUCGCGUCUGAGCGGCGUCAACUCCGAAGAAAUCACCUGAGUGAUCUUCAGCCUCCGCUCGGAUUAUUGUUGUUUCUUCUUCCACCUUCCCCCGCAGGUCUCCUCGCCGCCUUGUGACUGUCACGUCAUGACUUGUGCCCUCGGGAGCGUGAAGCCACGAAAGCGUCAGGAUGAAAACCCCUCGUUUUGACAAAGAUUAGGACUUCAUUUAGACGUCGCCAUGGGGAAGAGUUCGGACUGAAACCCUGGGAGAUAGAGUAACGCCAAGGAAGAGUGAGAGAAAGAGCGAGCAGGGGAGAAAUCAUGGUCAUCACCGAUAGAACCAACGGCACCCCUGUACCUAAAAAGGAGUCCCAGAAGAAGAAGAGGAGGAAGUCUCGCCCUCAUGGCCUUCCCUCUCCGGCACUCUGCUGUGCCUGUGGCCUAUGCAUCAUGCUGGCUGGACUCAACAUCACUCUGGUGGGAGCGUUUGCCUUCAGCACACUGGUGCCUUCUGCCAAUCCCCCGAUCAUCAUCGGACCUAUCCUACUGCUGGUGGCCUUCUCCUUUUUCGGGGCCUGUUGCGUCUGCAGCCGCCUCCCACCUCCCCACAGCUCGCGGAGGUCAAAGGUGGGAGGCAGAGGCACGGGAAUGAUGGGACACGGCGGGCUGACUGGCGGGGCAGCAUUUGAAAUUGAGACCAGCGAGCACACGCUGCAGGACACUACAGCUGUGCAGCUCAGCCCCGAAUCAUCCCCUGGGUCAUCCCGGGCGUCCAGCCCAGAGAGGGAGGCUCCCGAUGCAGCCCCACCAAGCUUCUGCAAGGUCUUCACCAUGGAGACCAACGGACCUUCUUCUAAUUCCGCCACUGCAGUCUACUCGGCCUCCACAGUGCCAGGAGGGGAGGUGAGGCUCAACCUGCCGCGUGAAGAAGUGGUCCCCUAGCAGAGAAGACACUGUUCCAAGGCCAGAGUGCUGGCAGUGUAAAUAUCCUUCUGGGUCGAGGGCUCGCUGAGUGAGAUUGUGUCCUCUAGUUUACGUCGUGCCAUAUUUCUGAUUGUGACAACUUCUUAAAAGUAUGCUUUUGAUUUCUCUUGCUGUGCAGCCCACUGGUGAUUAGCAUGCAACGUUGAUUAACACCCAAGUAUUUGUGGAACAGAGGUUUUGGAAUUUAAAUUCCUACCUCUCCUGUGCUGUUUUCCUCCAAGUCUUUGUUUCUGUUUUUUAACGUGGGGCAUUAUGAACAGUUGUGUCUGAAACAAUACUUCUACUAGUGGAAACCUCAAGUGUCAGCUGUGAUUUCGAGAGGCUCUCCUGAAAAAAAAAAUGUGAUUGUGAAUUUGGUCUGAAACUUUAAUGAUUUUAUGUGAAAGGUCGGUAGUGAAAGCCGUAGAGUUGAACUGUGCAGGUAUGUGAUGACAUUUGACAUUUUGAUAUGCCAUUCUCAGAGCUGAGCUUGUUUUGAGGGCAUACAAUAUUGCAUCUCACAGGGGUCCCAAGGCAAUAUAGUCCCACCUCCUGGUAAAUUGUAGGCAUUUACAGUUUUUUUCCCCAGUGAGUGAUUAUACAACACAACCAACACAUUUUGAAAUGGACAAUAGUGCAUAUAGUGUUUUUACAUGUAAGUGUGUGCAAUGUUGGCUUGUGGACGCAUCAUUCUUGUAGUUUGACAAACAAGAACACUGUGAUUAUAAUGUUUCUCACCAAAAUCUCUGCAGACUCUGAUUUCACAUUUUUAUUGACGGUAACUGUAACUUAAAUCUCAGUUUCAAGGUAAGGCUGGGCGAUAUGGCCAAUUUUUUUAAUAAAAUAAUCAAGAUUAAAUUGUUCACAUCAAUCGAUAUCGAUAUCGAUAACUAUCACGAUAAAUCUCACAUUAUUAUUUAUUUUCAAUCUAAAGACAGAUUUUUUGCCCCUGUGAGAAUGUUGUGGUUUUAAACUCGAACAUAGCUGAUGUAGAUCAACAGACCUCAACAGAGGUUUUCCAAAAGUCAAAAUCCCAUUCAUUUUCUGAAAAGAGAAUUUCAUUAUCAGCCAUAAUAUUUUACCUAUCCAAGGUAGACAUACCACAAGCAAGGAGAUUGUGAAACAAUGGUAGAUGCUCCUGUAGAAGCCACAAGUCUGUGUGAUAUGAAGUAUGAUGUAAGAAAAACUGGUUUUAUUUGCGAAGAACUACAAGGCAACCCGCAAUCCUUGGGUAUAAUAGUGAUGUCUGUAAUUGGUGGAUCCCACUGUUACCAUGGAAAUGCUUAUCACAACUGCAAAAAUGUUGUCGGCUAUGAUUGGAUGGUUCUGCGUGACAUUAUGUUUGCCACAGAGUAACCAUGAUUUUGGUUUAUGGGACGUGUAGUGUUUUUUACCCUUAAAAAUAAUUAUGUACACAGUCUUGUACCUUUGCCUUUUCCCCCUUUUACAAGAUAAUCUUUUCCUCUAAAUUAAAUGUUUUAUGGUCACGAUUUACAUUCAUCUCCAGGAUUAAGCUCUUUUAACAAGAAUUUUCUGUUUUUGUUUUGUUAUAAUGCUAUUGAGGAAAAUUCAACUGAUAUUGUUUGAUAUCAUCAUAAGUUUUUCAGUGAUUUCGAUACAGUGUAAUGCAGUUUGGAUCUUGAGCCAUGUGGAACAGAGACUUACGUAAUGUGUCAUGUGGAUGACAUAAUUAUUAAGAAAGUGAAUUUACAGUGUGAUUGUCCACAAAAAGAUCAUAAUGUGACAUUGUAACCCAAAUUAGAAGAUGUUAAUUUUCAUUUUCCCAUGUGUAACAUUUACUUCCACUGGACCUAGUAUACACAGCAUCUAUGGUAAAGCCAAGAGCGAGUUUGAAUAUUCAGCUUGCAUAAAAAGUAUUUGUUCCCCAUCACUGUGAUGUCUUUGUCAGUUAUAAACCUGACUGAUAUAAAAAAAAAAAGACAUUCAAACCCUGAUUUCCUUUGAAAGGAAAGUUGCCUUAGACUGACACAUCAGGAUCAAACUAAUGAGGGCUAAAUAAAAAUGCACAAUAGCAGUUUUCUUCAGAAAAGCCUUUAUUUGGCUCUGGAUUUCUAUUCCAUGUUGUGUGGAAAAGCCUCAGCAGCUUGUUUUUGUGGAUGUAAUAAAUGCAUGCAAAUGGCUCCUAGGUGUUCCAACUCAGAAAUAUCUAGUUGGACAUACAGCCACUGACCUGAGCAUAAAAUGUUAUCCUCCAUUUUCUGUGACAAGAGAGACGAGCCGUUUCUCUGUCAAAGCCAAACCAGAGGGCUGAGCUUAAUAUUUGCAUGUUCAGAGAACUGAAUUAUGGAAAUCGCAAACAUCCUGUUGUGAACUAUUUGUGUUUUAUGUGUGUUGAAGCUUGUGUAGCACUUGAUACAAACAUUUGAAAAUUUAAAGGAUAGAGUAUUUUUGUGAAGACUAUCAUUUUUCUUGAUUUUAAAGUAUCCGAUCCAAAUGUGAAUCCUUCAAAAUAUCUAUAUAUAAAUAAAUAAAGAAGCUCUUUCAGUACAACAUGAACCUUUCUCAUUAUGUAUGUGUGGCAUGACACCAUGUACUUGCUACAUUGCAUUUUGUGUCACCAUGAAGUGAAAUGAAUAAAAAAUGUCUGACUGGG